AUGGAAGGAACGAGGGAGCUGGAGUUGGAAGUGGAGACGACACGCCGCAAGCUGCAGGAGCUCGAGUGCCGGCUGGACGAGCGGCGCCGUGCUGAGGCUCAGAGAGCUGCGAAUAGCAACAACGACAACAACAAGAACGGCGCCAGCGACAGGAAGAACAUAAAUGGUGGUGCCACGCUGACACCGGCUUUUGUCUCUGCAGCGAGUUCGCUGACCAAGGACGACGUCGAGCGCUUCUCUCGGCAGAUGAUGGUGGAUGGAAUUGGCGCAGCAGGAAUGGCGCGCAUUCGCCAGGGCCGUGUCCUGCUAGUGGGCGCCGGCGGGCUCGGCAGCACCGUCGCACUCUUCCUUGCGGCCGCCGGUGUUGGCGAGCUACGCCUUGUUGACUUUGACACGGUGGAGAUGAGCAACCUCCACCGGCAGGUCAUUCACACCACCGAUCGUGUUGGUUGGCGCAAGGUGGACAGCGCGGCCGCUGCCUGCGUCGCAGUGGACCCGCACCUCAACAUACGCGCGCUGCCGGUGCAGCUCGACGCCAGCAACGCGGAGGAGCUCAUGCAUGACUGCGACGUUGUAGUGGACGGUACUGACAAUGUGGCAGCGCGCUACCUCAUCAACGACGCGGCGAUGCGGCUACGCAAGCCUGUUGUGAGCGGCAGUGCGAUGCGCUGGGACGGGCAGCUGUCCGUAUACGGCUAUGGCGGCAGCCCGUGUCACCGCUGCCUCUUCCCUGUGCCGCCGCCAGCGGAGGCAGUCGGCAGUUGCAACGACACGGGCGUCGUGGGGCCGGUGCCCGGCUGCAUCGGCUGCUUGCAGGCGAUGGAGACGCUGAAGAUACUGGCAGCGGCGGGCGAUGUGUUGGCGGGCCGCAUGCUGCUCUUCGAUGGCCUGCGCUUCCGCGUCCGCGUCGUUAACCUCCGCCAGCGGAAGGCAGACUGCCCGGCGUGUGGUGACGCUGUGGAAAGGGACAGAACCCUGCAGCAAAUCGCGGAGGAGCGACCCGAGUACGUGAUGGUGCCGUGCGCAUCGGGCCCGGCAUUGAGUGCUCGACUUCUGCCUGCAGACGCACGUGUUUCGCCGCGGGAUUUCUAUGCCGCUCUCCAGCAGGUGGGUGACACUGCACCGAAACGGAUUGUUGUGGAUGUCCGCGAGAAGGAACAGUACGACAUGGCCCACCUGCCGGUAGCCGUCCCGUUGCCGCUGUCCCGCUUGCAUAAGUGGCAACGGGACGGUGUGCUUCGGGAGGAAUGGGGUCGUUUCAUCAAGGAUUAUUUCACCAACGGUAAGGGCCGUCUGGAUGUGUACGUUGUGUGCCGUAGAGGAAUUGCAUCGACGACGGCUGUCGAGAUGCUUCUCCCGUUACAGCAGCCAGACGAGUGCACUGGUGGUGAACGUGGUGGUGGUGGUGUUGGUGACAACAAUGGUUGCAACGAGAGUGAUGUUUCUGAUGAUGAUUGUGUGGCGGGGAGAUCGGCGUCAGGAGCACACUUCCGGUUUAUGAAUGUGGAAGGUGGGCUUAACCGAUUCCACUACGAGGCGGAUGGUAACUUUCCAUUUUAUUGA